CCCCCUCUCCGCCACGCGGUGACGUCCCCUGCGGAGGCUGGUGAGGGGGAGGCGUGUACGCGGUGACGUCACGACCACCGCGUUUGCCCCUCCCGUACGCGUUGACGUCACGGCGUACGCCCGUUACCAAGGGCGACGGAGAUGGCGGCGCGCGUUUUCGCGACGCUGAUGGCGGCGCCCAGGAGCUGUGGCGGGCACCCCGCGGCCUCCUCCUUCCCCCCCUUCCCCUCCUCCUCCUCCUGCCCCACGUCGCCGCCGUCUCGCGGCCGCGAGGUGCGCGUCGUGGGCCGCGCCGAGCUGCGCGGGGCCCCGGACCGCGCGAGGCUGAGCGUGAGGGUGAGGAGCGCGGCCAAGAGGGAGGCGAGGAGCGCCGAGCGGAGCGCCGUGAGGAGGGCCGAGUACGCGGAGAGCAGCGUGAGGCGGGCCCGCGGAGUCCAGGACGCUGAUGUCACUGUGCUCAAGAGCCUGGACCGCCUCGACGGCCUCUACGUCAUGACAGUGGAGGUUGUGGCCGAGUUCAGUGAUUUCCAAGCGAUGCACGCGGUGCGGAACCAGCUGGUGGAGAAGCUGGACAGCUGUGUGGACGUGGCCUCCCCCGUGUACCACCUCACGGCCUUGGCACGCGACAACUACAGACGUCAGGCGUGCCUCCUGGCCGUGGCCAGCGCUCGCCGCAAGGCCCACGAGGUCUGCCGCCUCCUGGGCCUCUCCCUGGGCCGCCCCCUCUCGGUGCACGAGCUCCCCGCCGCCGACGCCGCCGCCGCCGCCGCCGCCGCCGACGACGACGAGUGGCCGCUUCCGGCCGUGUGCUCGGCCCGCCGCGACCGCGGCCUCGCCUCCGCCGAUCCAAACGCGGCGGUGGCGUCGACGCCGCCGUCCCUGCGGGAGCACGUGGAGGCGGCGACGGAGGCGGUGCGGAGCGGCGUGGCGGCCGUCUUCGAGCUGCGCCCCCCCCAGCGCGCCGGCGCCGGGCGGCGCCGCGGCCGCUGAGCGCAGCCGCGGCGCCGAGGGCGCCGUCGAGCCUGCCGGGUUCCGGCGUCCGCGGUCGUCACGUGGAAGGGCUGAGCUGAUGAGCGCUGGAGGUGGGGGGGGAG